AAUUUUUAAACCAAUGAUGGGCCAGAUAGUCAGUGAUUUGUAAAAAAGAUAAAAUUAUUUAACAAUCAACUUUCAUGAUGGGCAGAUAAAAUAACUCGUAACUCUCAAAACAUAUCUUUUAUUGACAACUGUUACCAUAGAAAAUGUUUAAAUUGUUAAGUUACACCUUAUUAACAGUCCUGACUGAAUUAAUUUUUAGUCGACCUUUUGGCGACUUCUGGCGACAUAACAGGGACUUGGACUUCCCCGAUCCUGCCAAAACUGAGCUCAAGCGACUCAGAUAUUAACCCUUUAGGAAAACCCAUAGACUCUGACACCGAAUCAUGGAUUGGUUCUUUGAUAAACAUCGGUGCUAUGGUCGGCCCAUUCCCAUUUGGGUUCAUCGCCGAGAGAUACGGUCGCAAAAUUAGUCUGCUUUUGAUCGCAAUCCCUCACAUCAUCUCCUACAUAACCCUCGCAGUGUCAAAAACAGUCUACUUGUAUUAUUUUGCAAGAGUUUUGGGAGGUAUUGCCGUCGGUGGUGGCUACACAGUCCUCCCCAUGUAUGUAGCGGAAAUCGCCGAAGAUUCAAACCGAGGAACUUUAUCAGUGACUUUAAACAUUUUCUGGACUUUUGGAAAUUUAAUUCCAUACGUUUUAGGCCCAUACAUAUCCAUUUUUUGGUUCAAUAUUAUCUUAGCAUGUGUACCAGCAUCUUUUUUUAUUUUAUUCUUCUUAAUAGCACCCGAAUCUCCGUAUUUUCUUAUUGGCAAAAAUAAAAUGAUUCAAGCGGAGAAAUCACUUCUCAAGCUGCGAUCCAAUAACAAGAAAGUAGUAGAGAAUGAAAUUCAAUACAUCAAGUCCGAAUUGGCCAAAAAUGAGUCCCAAGGAACGUUUAUUAAUUUUUUCAAAACAAGGAUUUACAUGAAAGGUUUAAUCAUUUCGGUAGUUUUGAUAAUCGCGCAACAACUUUCUGGAAUUAGCGCUAUUUUGUAUUACACUCAAGAAAUUUUCACUGCUGCUGGUGCCAAUGGUUUGAAACCUGAAGUCUCGUCUAUUAUUAUAGGUGUAGUGAUAUUUUUCUCAAGUUUUGGCACUCCAUUUGUGGCUGAUAGUCUCGGCCGAAGGCUUCUACUCUUGAUCUCACUUCUUGGAAUCUCUCUAUCUCUUCUAGCGUUAGGCAUCUAUUUCUAUCUUAAGAAUUCAACAAAUUUAGACACCAGUGCAAUUUCUUGGCUCCCUAUUGCAUGUUUAGUAGUUUUUAUCGUGACAUUUAACAUAGGUAUAGGUCCUUUACCUUGGACUGUUUCAUCAGAAUUAUUUCCAACAAGUGUCAAGCCUUACGCUGCAUCUUUAGUUUCGUUUGCUUGUUGGACCACUUCUUUCUUCGUGACUAAAUUUUUCACAGAUAUGAAAAAAAGUUUGGGUGAAGGAGAAACGUUUUGGUUCUUUGGUGGUUGCUGUUUGGUUGCAUGGUUAUUUACGUUUAUUUUUGUCCCAGAAACGAAAGGAAAGAGUUUUCAAGAAAUACAGGAGAUUUUGGAAAGGUGACUUGCAAGCUGAAAGUGGGUGGACAAAUUCAACGUAUUUGAUUGUUUUGUGAUUACGGAAACAAUGCAAAAUAAUAAAUGUGUAUAAUAGUGAUAAUGUUAUUCUGUUUAAAUCGAUAAGCAAUCUUGAAGUGUCUUUAAAAAUGUUUAUAAAUUGAGGAAAAAAUCUGAUGGAAUAUUUUACAAUUAUAUUGAUAAUAAGCGAUAAAAUGACAGUGGAAACAGUGAUAUAUUUUUUUAAAUGUGCAUAAAAAUAUAAUUGUCGAACAACUGAAUUAUCGAUUAAAAUAAUAAAAAACACGUUACAGCAGUCCUAUUAUCUCUAUGUAUGUAUUUUUAGUUUAUUUUUGAAAUCUUGAUUUUGUAAAUGCUUAAAUAAAUCCAAUAAAGCCUAAUAAUUACUUAAUUAUGUCUCAACUAGCAAAACUAUCUUUCACAAUACUGCAGUA